AUGUCGUAGCAAUCAUAAUGGAUCGAACUAUAUUGCUAGUUAGGGCAUCACCUAAGCGUAGUAAAAUCCAUUUGCCUAGCUGAAAGUUGUUCUGAAUUUAGAUUCAUUUGUGAUAAAUGUGUAGAAUUUGAAAAUCACAAAAAUCAUCAACUAGUAAACUCUUAAGAAGCUGAACUCUAUAUCCAAGAUCAGGUUUAGAAAUAUUAAGAAUUAGAGGAUUACUUAUCUUCAUUAUGUAAUUCUGUGACAGAACCUAUUAAACAACUAUAGGCCGUUAUUAUGGCAUAACAUUCUGUAGACCUCAAUCUUUCGCAAAGUAAUUAAAAACACAAAUUGCUUGAUAAUAUUUUAAAAUUCGAUAAGAAAUCUGACCAGAUUAAGAAGAAAAUAUAGAAUAUUAGUAAUAUAUACAUCGAAGAAAUAAAAAAAUUGAUUGAAUUGGUAAAUGUUAAAAAUGAAACAAUUGAAAUUAACUAAAGUGAUGAAGAUAAUAAAAUAGAUACGAUCUAUGAUAAUGCUUAAUCAAGUAACUAAAAUAAUGAAAAACCCUCCAUUUAAUUAACCGAAGAAGAAAAAAGAUCCAUUCAUUAUUAUAUUUAAACAGGUUUAAUAAGUAAUUCAAAUUUUUAGCUGACAUAUUAAAAAAAUAAGAAAAGUAUAAAGAAUCGAUCGUUAUUUAUAAGUAAGCUACAGAUAUAGACCAAAAAAACCUAAUUUGUUGGAGAAGCUUAGGUGAUUGCCACAGAUUGCUAAAAGAAUUCUUAGUGGCAAUUCCAUAUUAUGACAAAGCGUUGGAAAUUGAAUUAAAUGAUAUCCCAUCAUUAGUUGGAAAAGGUGAAUGUCUAAGAAUGCUUGAGGAUUAUUUACAAUCAAAACCUUUGUAUGAGAGGGUAUUGUAAAUGGAUGAAAAAAAUUUAUUAUCUCUUGUAGGAUUAGGUUUUAUAAAAUUAUAUUUUAGGUGAAUGUUUAAGGCAUUAAGAGUUAUAUAAAGAAGCUAUUUAAUAAUAUGAUUUAGCUUUAGAGAUCGAUUAGAAAAAUGUAGAUUCAUUAUUUGGAAAAGGUUUAUGCUUAUUUGAGUUGGAACAAAAUACAAUACCUAUGGAUUUUGAUGAUUCAAAUUAAGGUGAAAAACAAGAUGUUGACUUUCAAACAGAAGACCCUUCUUUAAUUAGUGGCAUAUUUUAAACUAGGACCUCAGAAAAUCCACUGUAUAUUUAAAACAAUGAAGAUGAAUCUAAUAAAUCGAUUUAAGACUAGUUAGAUGAAAAAUAAACACCCAACUUAACAGCACCUGAACCUUUCGAUAAAAACGAAGUUCUUGAAUUCUGUAUUUCUGGUAAUUUACAUUAAUAAUCCAUAGCUGAUAAUUUAAAAAAGGAUAGAAAAUAUGAAGAGGCUUUAAAAUUGUAUGAGAAGGCUCUUGAAAAAUACCCAAAUGAUAUUCCAUCAUUAAAUGGCAAAGCAAAUUGCUUAAGAUUAAUGCAUAAAUUUCCAGAGUCAUUAGAAACUUUGGAUAAAGCUUUAAAACUAAAUAAAAAUUGCUUAUCGCUGUAUGGAAAAGGUCUCAUUAUUAAUAUUUUUAUAGGAGAAUGCUUAAGAAUGCAAAAAAAAUUCAAAGAAGCAGAUGAAUACUAUUAGGAAUCCUUAAAUAAGGCUAAUGGAGAAUCAUAAAGCGAUGACCCGAUUUUCUUUAUGAAUUUAAGAGGAAGAGGUGACAUUCUAAGCGCAUAGGGAGAGUAUCAAAAAUCAAUAGAAUUUUAUGAUCAAGCCUUAAAGCUGAAUUAAAAUCACUCAUUAUCUUUAUUAGGAAAAGCUGAAAGUCUAAGAUGUUUAGGAAGAUAUGAAGAUUCAAUUCAUUAUUAUAAUAAGUCAUUAGACUUAAAUGAAAAUGAUUCUAUGUCUUUAACCGGAAAAGGAGAAAGCCUAAGAUUAUUAACGAAAUAUAAAGAAGCAUAAGAAUGCUAUGAAAAAGCACUUAAUAUUGAUAAAAAUCGAAUUUUUUGUCUAAGAGGAUUAAGCAAUUGUUUAAGAAAGUAAGGCGAGCCAAAGUAAGCACAAAAAGUGAUUGAAAGGGCUUUAAUAAUAGAUCCCAAUGAUGAAAAUAGCUUAAAGUUAAAAGGUUAUUUGUUUUAAAUUUAUUUGUUAGAAAUAUGUUUAAAAGAAAUAGAGAGGAAAGAAAAAGCUUUAAAAUAAAAAAAUAAUUAAUGA